ACAUGCGUCACUUCCCACCCCGGACUUUCACCGGCACGCGCUACCGUUCCUCCAUCCUUCUCUUCUGCGAUACCCACAAUCCGCUGACUAUACCCUUUUUCUCAAUCAAUGAAGGCAUCCCUUUUCAUCCCGUUCCUCUCUACUCUUUCCUACGUCGCCGCCCACGGAUACGUACAAAAGGUCACCAUCGACGGCACAGUAUACACUGGUCCCGCUGUCGCUUCCGGCAGCACCGAUGGAAUCACCCGCGAAAUCUCAACCCAGGAUCCCAUAAAGGGUGCAACGAAUUCCGACCUUACCUGUGGGCCAGGUGCCCUUGCAGCUAGCAAAGUCGCUAAUGCUAAUCCUGGAAGCUCCAUUUCGUUCUUGUGGACAGGUGCCAGCGGGUCAGCGUGGCCUCAUAAUGUCGGGCCUAUGAUGACCUACCUGACCAAUUGCGGCGACCAGUCAUGCGCUGACUACAAUCCAAAGGGCACGGAAUGGUUCAAGAUUGAGGAAGCUGGCAAGACAGACGGAACAUGGGCACAAGCGGCUCUCAUGAACGGUGCGGCCGCCCAGGUUACCCUUCCAAGCAAUCUCGCUGCUGGCAGCUACAUCAUUCGCCAUGAGAUAAUCGCUCUUCAUAACGCCCAAGCAGAAGGAGGUGCAGAGUUCUACGCUUCGUGUACUCAGCUCAAAGUGGGAGGUUCUGGCACCGGUACUCCCUCUAGCAGUGAUCUCGUGCAGUUGCCUGGAGCCUACAAGGAUACUGAUCCUGGUAUCCUCAUCGACGUUUACUCCGACAGCCAAAAUGACUCGUACACUUUUCCCGGCCCUGCAGUCGUCGACCUUGGUGGCGGCAGCGGUACCUCCAGUUCAAAAGGGAUCUGCAGACUGAAAAAGCACACAUCUACCAAUGACACCGCUACUCUUACCAAGAGAAAAACUGUAGUCCGCCAUAUAUCUAGAAUCUUACGCGGUUUGGAUUUUUCUUUUCACAGGCAUUGACUGCUUGUACUCCCAUGCUAGCUCGAGUUUUUGUUUUGACUUACUGGUCUAUGGCCUUAUCUCCUGCCCAUGUGUUUGAUAUCCGGCAAUUUUUUAUAUCCUUCCAUCUUCUCUCCCGCUCUCGUUUGCUAUCUGGCAUGCUCUUGUAUUACUAUCAUUUCUUACAUACUGUGAUCUAAAGCGACGAGUUCAUGACAUUGUAAUAUCAGGGUCGUAGACUAGAUUUCAUACACGUGUUGAAUGCACCGUUGACCAUUAAAUAUCAACCACUCUAACAUUGAAAUACUUAUAAGGGAUUC